AAACCAGCAUCCUGAUCACCUCCAUACCCCAUAUCAUAUCCUAAUCACCACCAUGCACCAUACCGGAGUCUUGAUCAUCGCCAUACACCAUACCAGUUUCCUGAUCACCACCAUACUCCAUAUCAGUUUUCUGAUCACCACCAUACCGCAUACCAGCACCCUGAUCACUGCCAUACCAGCAUCCUGAUCACCACCAUUCAACAUGCUAAGGUUCUGAUCACCGCCAUACCCCAUACCAGCAUCCUGAUCACUGCCAUAUGUCAUACCAGUGUCCUG